UUUUAAUAAAAGAUAUCAUCCUGCUCAGUUAAAUUCGAGAGUUCCUAUUUAUACUGAUUUUUAACAAUUUGUGUGCAUUAAGUAACCGAAAUAUUGCAAAAUGUAAUGAUUCUUGAGUAAUUUGCCGUGUGUUCUUUUGAAAUAAUGUAAAAAUAAAAAGUGAACGUGUAAGUGAAAUUUGAUAUUCGCGCUUGGCAACUUAUUUGCGGAUGUGUUCAUUGGUGUAUAUGUAUACAAGCGAAUGACAGCGAAUGACAGGGAGCUGUUAGAGAGGGAAAGACAAUUUAGUAUAUUAACGGAUAAAAAUGUCAUUAGAAGGGUCAAUUGAUUUUAAGUAACUAUCAGGUUGUACUUUAUUCUUUCACACAGUCCCAAAUGUACGUAAAGGAACAUUAAUAACCAAGAUGCAAAGAACUAAAGUAAAUCGUAAUUUCUAAGUAGUAAUAAUUUAUACAUAUUGUUAUGUUCAAGUAUGUAUAUGUACAUGUACUUAUUUUUACUUAAUGCACCAAUAUUUUGUUAACCUAUUUGAAGUAUUAAUAAUAUAAAGUUUUGACGGUAUUGUAUUAUUACUGCUAGCAAUCAGUCCCAACAAAUUCUUUAAAUAUAACAGAAAUUUACUUUAAACAAUGAUUGUUGGGAGAAUUUUGCUGUCUACCCUUGCAAGAGCACCACUAAUUUCUUAUGGACAAUCACAGCUAUUAAGGCCGAAACAAGAUUUGGCUCUAUUUUUACUGGUGGGUAAAGUGUCCAAUUAUCACGUAACGAAGAAUAUUGAACAUAUUGUACAAGAUAAGCGAAUUAAAAAUCACAAUGGAAUAAUUCAGCAAUAUAAUAAUGUGAAAAAUAGACCACUGUUAAUUUUACUUAGCUGGUUAUUAUCAAAACGUAGACAUGUUAUGAAAUACAUGAAUUUAUACAAGGAACAGGGUUUUGAUAUUGUAGUAAUAUCAAUUACCCCUUGGCAACUAAUGUGGCCUACGAAAGGAUCCAGGCUAGUUGCUGCAGAUCUAUUAGAAUUCUUAGUAAAACAUACAAAUUAUGAACAAAUACUAUUACAUGGAUUUUCGGUGGGUGCAUAUAUGUGGGGAGAAGUAUUAGAUUUAAUAAAGAGUGACCCUGAGAAAUAUAGUAAUAUAAUUGAUAGAAUUGUUGGUCAAGUAUGGGAUAGCGUGGCUGAUGUAUCUGAACUGUCAAUAGGCACACCACGAGCAAUAUUUCCAAAAAACGAGAUGUUACAAAAUAUGCUACAAAAAUAUAUGGAGUAUCAUUUAAAAACAUUUUACAAGCAAUCUACUCAAUAUUAUAUACGUUCUAGUCAAUUAUUUCAUACAAAUUUGGUACAUACUCCAGCAUUAUUUCUCAUGAGUAAUACAGACCCUGUAGGUUCGGUAACUAGUAAUAUGAGAGUACGCGAUACGUGGGAUACUUUGGGUGUAAAGACUUAUGUUAAAAUAUUUGAAAACUCUCCACAUGUUGGGCAUUAUCAAAAAUACCCAAAAGAAUAUGUUGCUGAGUUGUAUGCCUUUUUAAAUAAAUUAAACUUAAUUAAAAAUGAAGAAAGAAUGAGAUCACAUCUAUGAAUGUGAUAUAUUAUGUCUAAUCAAUUAUAUUAUAAUAUAGCAUUAUAUUUAUCAAAUAUAUAAUCAUUUGAUACGUAUUUAAUUUCUAUAGAAAUGAAUUUCAAGAUAAACAAGCGCCAAAAUGGGUAUUAAUAAUUAAUUAGAACUUUUGACUUAAUUGUUUUGGGCUGUGUUUUAUUGGCUGUAAAUGAAAAUACAACUGUGCAAUGAUGAAAAAUAUAGUAAUUCAAAAUCAUGAUAAUUAAAGUGUUCAUACGAAAACAUAUAUGGAUGAAUUAUAAUUAUACUUAUUUUUUAAAUUUCAUAUUUAGAAAAUAGAAAUUUAUAUGCAUCAACACUUAUUUCUUAUUUACAAUUAUCUUAAUCUUUAUAGAGUACAGAAUUGCACAGUAUGUGAUACAAAUACGUGCCUUUUAUAUAAUAAGUAUGAAUAUGUAGUUAUAAAAAUAGUUCAAAACGGUAUUAAUCUUUGUAAUAUGUACACUUUCAAAAGUAAUAAGAUCUAAUUAUAUUUUACUUAUUCGUUUUUAUCAAUGUCUUUCUUUUUCGAUUUGUAACGUUUUUUCUUUUCUAAAAUCUCUUCAAUUUCAUCAGGAUCCUUGCCUUCAAGAAUAAGCUUCUUACGUUUAUUAAUCAUUCUCUUUUCAUAAAAGUCUGUUUCGUCUAAUUUCAUUUCCGCCUCUCGUUUAGCAACAGAUAUUUGUGUCAGGAUUGUAAUUAUCUCCUUAUCUAUAAAAUAUGUGUUAUGUGCUAUGAAUAUGCUUUUACUUUUUACUUGAUUGAAAAAUCAAACAUAAAAACAUGUAUUACCAUUGACUUUAUAUUCUGUCAAUUUUGUUCCAAUAGCAUCCUCGACAGCAUGUAGCAAUUUAAUAUCAGAUGGUGUUAUUAGGGUAACUGCCAUACCUCUUUUACCUGCUCUAGCUGUUCUUCCAACUCUGUGAAUGUACUCUUUCGGUACAUUUGGUAUAAUAUGAUUUACAACUAAUUCAACUGUGGGGAUAUCUAAACCUCUUGCCGCAACAUCUGUAGCUAUUAAAAUUUUUAUAUGGUUUGACUUAAACUGAGUAAGUGCUGCAAGACGAUCUUUUUGUUUUAUCAUUGCAUGCAGAGCCACAUUUUUAAAUCCAACAUCAUUUAACAUCAUAGACAGUACUUGACAGUUCCUAAAAGGUAGAGAAUGAUAACUUACUGAUCAUGCUUAAAUUACAUUCAUCCAUCUAUCAAAUACUACACAUUUCAUUUUACUUGCAGGUGUUUGUAAAAAUCAUUAUAGAUCCAUCUUUGUUUGUUACUCUAAAUGUUUUUAUUGCUUCUACCAGAAAAGAAUCACGGACAUCACUUGGACAGAGCACAUAACGUUGAUCAAGUUCCUUUACUGUAGCCACACCAGAUAUAUCUUCAGAUUCCCAAAUGAAAGCCUAAAAAUAAUUAGUGAAACCAUUUAAGAUAGCUUGUUAUGUCUUAAUUGGUUAACAUUCAUAAAAUUUUACAAUACCUUAUUAGAUACUAUAUCUUUUACUUUGUCAAGGGUAUCAGUCAUUGUUGCACUAAAAAGAAGCAUUUGCUUUUGUUUAGGUAAUGCAUCAAAUAUAACUUUCAGUUGCUCAUCAAAAUGUCCUUCUAAUAAUCUAUCAGCUUCAUCUAAAACUAAGAAUUUUAUUUUCUU